AUGGAGUUAGAGCUACCUAAGCGACUGUAUGCAAAGGGUUUGGAACCUCAGGUCAAGAAGAUCAACAAUUGUUGUCGCAUGGAACUUAUCAGGGAUCUGAAGAAAGUCAUGUCUGCAGAGUACAAUGAUGUGAAGAUAGAUCAUCUGAUUACCUCGAAGAUGCAUGAGAAGUGGUUUGUCUUUGCGAGGACGCCUCUCCGGUUUUCGCUUCAGGAGUACCAUGCUGUGACAGGCCUCAAAGUUUCUCGGGAAAGCAGCAGUGACGUAGUAACAUGUAAAAAUGAUGGGGGGGUUUGGAGUAACCUACUAAGGACUGGUGAUAAGAUCACCUUGAAGUCGAUCCGAAAGGUGCAUCUAAAAGAAGUUCACAAGUGGACUCGGAUUGAUAGGAUGAGGUUGAUCUACCUGUGUGUAAUAAUGGGUGUGGUGAUGGGGAGAGACGAGAAGGUGAACAUCCCUGAUAUGUACAUCAAGUUGGCUAGGAAGAAGUUAGGUAAGAAGGACAUGUACAUUUUUGAGGGUUUCUCAUAUGCUCUCCAGAUUUGGAUUAUGGAAGCAAUUCCUGAUUUUGGAGAAAUAUGUGGGAGACAAGUCUUUGGCAGCUUCGUCGGUCCAAGGUGUGGUAAUUGGAAAGGAGUUGCAAACGUUUCUUAUGAAGACAUCAUUGAGCUUGAGGACUCCUUAACUAAGAAGAGUGACUUUUUCUCGGUUAUUUCAGAGACUGGUAAUGGUGAUAUGUUUAUGCAUGUUAACUAUACAAGGAAGGGUAAGAUGGAAGAUGAACGAGUGGACCUUCUUCUAGAUAGGAUCAAACAGAAGUUUGAUUGGAGCAACACAGAAUGGCCAGUUUUAGAGCCUGAAGAGACUGAAAUUGAGGAAGCCGACAGCCAGGAUAGAGGGUCAGAAGUUGAUAAGACUGUGGCUGAUACUGAUGUUUUAGCAGACGAGGAGACCUCUUCGGUCACGGUUGCAAGAAAAGGCAAGAGAAAGGUUUUUGAUGAAGGAGCAGAGACAAGAAAGAAGAAGUUGCUGUGUAAACGAUCUGCAGAAAAAAAUCUUACUUUUGGUCCUGAAACUAAGAGAAAACUUUGA